AUGAAGAAAGAAAUGUUAAGCACAGAGUAUCUCAUGAGACAUUUAUUCGAUGACGACCAAAAGGAACCCAUUGGUGAAAAGUUUAUGUCUGGCUUCUUUGUUCUCAUUAAGAUAACAGAGAUUGGAAUACAUAGACACUUUCCUUUAAUAGUUUGUGACCCUGAACUAAAUCCAGAACUUAAUGUUCCCAGAAGUUCAAACACUUGCUGUUUAAUGUAUGUUGACCAUAUAACAUUACAAGACCUCAUAAAAUAUCAAGGUGUCAAAUGUGAAGUGUUGCAAGGAUACUAUUACGAUGGAAACAGAGAUAUUAGAAUAAGAGAUGAAGUAAAGAAGUUGUUUGAGUUAAGGUUAAAGUAUAAGAAAGAAGGAAAUCCUUUGCAAGAAAAUAUAAAGCUCAUUCUGAACAGUAUUUAUGGCAAAACUAUUCUAUCUCCUAUUGAGUCAAAAAUAACCAUAGUAAAUGACAAAGAUGCUAUAAGAUAUGCCAUCAGAAACUACAACCAUAUAGUGAAGUUCGAAGGUUUGGAUGGUUCAGAUAAAACUAUUUUCAAGCUAACGAAAAGCAUUUGCAGACACUUUAACUUCUGUCCACUUGGUGUUAAUAUUCUAUCUAUGUCGAAGAGAAUAAUGUGUGAAGUAUUCUGUACUGCUGAGGACUUAGGAAUGGACAUCUUUUAUAGCGAUACCGACAGUAUGCAUCUCUACAAUGAAGAUAUCCCUCGUUUAGCUGAAGAGUUUGAGAAACGUUAUGGAAGAGUUCUCAUUGGUAAAAACCUUGGUCAAUUUCAUAGCGACUUUGCAGAAAUCACACCUGGAAAACAAAGUUUAGCAUACAAGUCAAUAUUUUGUGGAAAGAAGACUUACAUAGACUUACUCACGAAUGAUUUAAAUGAAGUUGCAUUUCACUGCAGAAUGAAAGGCGUGAAGCAAGAUGUUAUUGCUUUAACCGCUAAUGAAAUGUUUCCUGACUCUGUUCAGUGUUUCUAUGAUGAAGAUAAAGGUUUAAUGGUUCCGGGAAAAUUUGACAAAGACUCUGAGUUCAGUUUAAUGAAACUUUAUAAAGCACUUUAUGACGGUCAAGAGAUUGGAUUUGACUUAUGUAAGUCUUCUAGUCCUUGCUUUGCUGAAAAGUUUAACUUCUCAAUAACGACUAAAACAAACUUUAUUCGUAAGUUGAAGUUCUGA